AAGAAUAGCGCACAAAAUACGCCUCAUUAUGUGGAAUAGCUGAGAAUUUACAGCGUUUUAACACUACUAAAGUACUACAAAUACUAUUCGGAGCUUGAAUUGUAUUUUGGAGCGAGUAGAUAAGAUGUAAUAUUGAUAAAUGAUCUUAGGAGAAGCGACUCGGUUUGUUUUGGUUGUGUUUACUCAGAGAGGGAGAGAGAAGGGGAACAGGAACAAGCUCGGUGCCAGGCUCCUGGAGGUGAUACGAGCAGUGGUGUGUGUGUGUCUGUGGUGUGUGUGUGUGUGUGUACGUGCAGAUGAGUGCGUGCGUGUUGGUGCAGAACAGCCAUGACCGACCUGCAUAAGAAGUGGGCCUGUGACUACUGUACCUACGAGAACUGGCCUUCAGCCAUCAAGUGCACUAUGUGUAGGGCCCAGCAGCCCAGUCCCACCAUCAUCAGCGAGGAGAUCAGCCAGUUUAAGGGCGGCACCAGACACGGCGACGACUCUGGUACCAGCGGCUUAAUCAUCUGCCCCGAUUCCAGUGCCAGGCCACGGGUCCGCCCGCUCAGACCCUCUGAAGUUAGCAGCAACGCGUCUGGGUGGCAACAGAACGAGGAUCAUAACGAUAAAAACCGCCAGCAUGCAGGACGAUGGAGCUGCUCCGCGUGCACGUACGAGAACUGGGCCGAGACCCGACGCUGUGCCGUGUGUCAGCACCCGUGGCCGAACGAUGCGUCGCCUGCCAUCAACGAACGGGAGCGGGGAGGGUGGAGGGCGAGGACGGGGGUAAGGACCAGGACCUCCUCCUCAGAAAGGGACACGAGCGUUCACAUACAGGACAACGAGGCGGGAGCUCAUGCCAGCAACGAGGACACUAAGAAGCUCAAGCAGAUCAAAAACCGCAUGAGGAGGAACGACUGGCUGUUCCUCAACGCCUGUGUGGGGGUGGUGGAGGGCGACCUGGCUGCAGUGGAGGCGUAUAAAUCAUCGAGCGGAGACAUCGCGAGGCAGCUGUCGUCGGACGAAGUGCGUUUGUUGAACCGGCCCUCUGCCUUCGAUGCCGGCUUUACGCUCGUCCAUCUCGCCAUCCGCUUCCAGAGGCAGGAAAUGCUCGCCGUCCUGCUCACCGAGGUAUCCCAGCAGGCGGUGAAGUGUAUCCCAGCGAUGGUCUGCCCUGAACUGACCGAACAAAUCAGAAGAGAAAUUGGCGUUUCGUUACACCAGCGUAAAGGAGACUUUGCGUGCUGUUUCCUCUCGGAGCUCGUCACUUUCACUCUACCAGCGGAUAUUGAAGAUCUACCUCCUGCCAUUCAAGAGAAGCUGUUUGAUGAACUGCUCGACCGUGAUGUUCAAAAAGAGCUGGAGGAGGAGGACGCCGUGAUUAACUGGUCUCUGGAGCCGGGCUCUCGCUUGGACAGUCGAUUGUACGCCCUGUGGAACCGGACUGCCGGGGACUGCCUGCUCGACUCGGUGCUGCAGGCCACAUGGGGCAUCUACGAUAAAGACUGUGUCCUGCGGAACACCCUGAACGAUAGCUUACACCACUGCUCGCACUGGUUCUACACUCGGUGGAAGGAGUGGGAGUCGUGGUACUCCCAGAGUUUCGGCCUCCACUUCUCCCUCAGAGAGGAACAGUGGCAGGAGGACUGGGCGUUCAUCCUGUCUCUUGCCAGCCAGCCUGGUGCGAGUUUGGAGCAGACCCACAUAUUCGUACUUGCACACAUCCUGCGUCGUCCAAUCAUCGUCUACGGUUCAAAAUAUUACAAGAGUUUCCGGGGUGAGACUUUAGGAUACACCCGCUUUCAAGGUGUGUACCUACCGCUGCUCUGGGAGCAGAGCUUCUGCUGGAAAAGCCCUAUUGCCCUCGGUUACACGAGGGGUCACUUUUCAGCGCUGGUCGCCAUGGAGACGGACGGCUACGACAACCGGGGCGCGGGCGCCAACCUCGGCACGGACGACGACGUCAGCGUGACCUUCCUGCCGCUGAUCGACAGCGAGAGGAAACUUUUGCACGUCCACUUCCUCUCGGCACAAGAGAUGGGGAACGAUGAGCAGCAGGAGAAGCUGCUGCGCGACUGGAUGGACUGCUGCGUGACGGACGGAGGGACGCUGGCCGCCAUGCAGAAGAGCAGCCGCAGGAGGAACCACCCUCUGGUCACGCAGAUGGUGGAAAAAUGGCUGGACGGAUACAGACAGCUCCGCCCGUGCCCCGCCCUCUCCGACGGCGAGGACGAUGAGGAGGACGAGGACGAGUGAGGAGAGGGAGAGAGAAGGCGAUAACUGAGGGAGAGGACUGUUAGUGAAGCACACCCUUAAUAAUAUCUACACCCUCAUUUCCCAUAAUGCAGUGCAAAAACAGCAGCCCUUUUCUAUCCCUGAGCACAGAGUGCCGUGAUUCUGAUAGUGACGCGUGAAGGUCCAGAACCAGCACCAGCAGUGUGACGUGAUCUUUCUACUGGUUUGUAAUGGGCACUUACAGGAAAAGCACAUACAGUAGAUAUAAUAAUAAUAAUCUUUAUUUUUUAGACGACAGGUUCACAAGUAUUGAUUCACCUAUUUUCAGUUUAAUUUCCUCUUCAGUUCAGCACUCUGAGGAGGAUAAACAUGUUGCGUGUGGCUCGUUGUACAACAUCAAUGUACUGAAGGUCAAAAAUAAUAAAAAAGACAGACUUGAA